AUGGUCUGCCAUCCAUUCAAGAGCCUCGUUAGCGUCGCUUAUACCGCUCGACGGUAUCUCGUUGCGGCCGUUUUUUCGAGUUGUAGCAAAUCAGUCGGAAAAUCCACGCGUCAAUUUAAUUCGUUUUCGCGGCCAGCACGCAAAAAGCGCUCGUCGAAAGAGCCAGUGCGGCCUGGUCAGAACGCUGGACGAGAACACUCGGACCGAGUCUCGCUCGAGUCCUUUUUGCGAAACGGUUUCGCGGGAUUGUCUCUAGACUGCUUGGAUUCACUGACUCUCGCCAAGCGUGUACCCACCUGCUCCUACUGUCUUUUCGUCGAUUCCUCCUCUUUCGUCAAAACAGACGCGAGUCGGAUCGAAAUUCAACGAUUGAGGGCACAACCGCAAAAGCCGCUUCCUGUCCAGCGCUGCCACUCUCGAUUUUGCCCUCCCCCAGUGGCGUCUUUCGGCCAGCCACUUCCACACACGUAG